AUGGAUACAACAUCGAAUGGAUCGAAGAUAGAAUCCAAACAGUUUUCGAAGGCAGGUACUGGAGUUUAUGUUGAAGACAGUGACGAGGAUAAUAUUAGAGUGGAUGUAGUGAGUGGGGAAUAUGAUUCGAAGGAGUCGACAGGAUAUGUUGGACUGAAGAACCACCUUGGAACAACAUGCUACAUGAACUCGGUGAUGCAGACGCUAUUUGGAAUAAGAAAGUUUAGGAAUUACGUUUAUGCACAGGAGCCAAAGGGAAUAAUGUUGUCUUUGCAAAGGUUGUUCAAGGCGAUGCAAGAGAAUAGGAAGAUGGUUGACACGACGGAUUUUGUUGUCAAUAAUGCAUGGUUUGAUAACAUGCAUGUGCAACAAGACGUCCAUGAAUUUUCGAAGAUUUUAUUUAAUUCGCUUCAGAAAGAUAGUGGAAACAAAGAGUUUAUUGAGAAGCUUAUACAAGGAGAACAGAUAACCUACAUCAAGGCAGAUUGUGGAUGUUUCCGAAGGAAAGAGGAGAAGUUCCAAGACAUCCAGGUAGAGAUUAAGGACUUUAUGAACAAUAAGUUGGACUUGAGUCUGAUUGAAUCACUGAAGAGAUAUGUGAAAACUGAGCGGUUAGAGGGGAGCAAUCAAUACAGUUGUGAGAAGCAUGGACUUGUUAAUGCAGAAAAGGGAGUGAUGUUUGGAGAGCUUCCUCCAGUGAUUUUUGUAUUACUUAAGCGGUUCUAUUUUAAUCUUAAUACUGAAACGAGAUAUAAAUUAAAUGAUUAUUUUGAGUAUCCUGAUGUAUUGGAUAUGAAGCAAUUUGUGGAUGAGCAGAGAAUUGAUGGUUUAGAAGAAUCAAAGAAUGAGAAUAGAGCUAAUAUGAAUGAAUAUGAACUGUAUUCGGUUAUUGUGCACAGAGGAGAUGUUGAGGAAGGUCAUUUCUAUGCAUACCUGAAGCAUGGAGGAGAGUGGUUGAAAUUCAACGAUGGAGUUGUCACAAAGAGCAGAAAGGAGGAAGUGAUGGAGGGGAACUUUGGAGGCAAGCAUCCGUAUAAAGAUAUAAUGCGUGAAUAUUCUGGGUAUUAUCUUGUAUAUAUCAGGAAGAGCAUGAUCGAAGAGAUCUUGAAUGAUAAUGUCACUAUAAAAGUAUCAAAAGAAAAACAUGAAGAAGUAGCAAAAAUUAUAGCGAAGGUAAAUGGACAAAUGAAGAAUAUAAUACCAAUAGUUGCAGCAGUGUUACUGAUAGUUGCUGAAGCAGUGAUUACAGGAAUGAGUAUAAUGAAUGCAUUGAAGAAUGGAAAUGAAAUAUUUGAUAGAGUGGUUAUUAACAAGAUGAUUAUGGCUACAUCAAUUGUGUUAAUGAUUAUAAGUGUGGUUAUGUAUUUAAUGAAUGAGAAAAGGACUACUAUAUGGUACGAUGCAGUCAUGAUAGGAUGCAGUGCAUUACUAGCAAUAAUGAGAAUUUGUACAAUAGCUAUGAGUAAUUAUGUGAAUAUAAUUAGCAUAAUAAUAAUAGCAAUGAGUGUAGCAAUGUUAAUAGGAAGUGUACUAGCGUUUAUAGGUUCUAAGAAUAAGAAUACUGAGAAUAAGAAGAUUGAUAAAAAUAAUGAGAAUGGUAAAGCUAUAAUGGCUAAGAAUGCGUCCGUGAUUUUCUUUACAUUUUGUGUAGCAAUAACAGGAUGGUCAACACAGAUUAUGAAUAUGGUUAAGAAUAGUGAAAUUAACAAUGAAAUAUUGCAAGAGUAA